GUGUGUGUGCGCCAAAAAUGUCUCUAAAUCCGUUCGACAUUGAGGUGGAUCCUCCCAGCGAGGAGCUGAUGGAGAUCGCUCGUCGUGAGUUAAGGGAAACACCCGAAGUUCGGGCUGCCGCUGUGGAGGAGUUGCGAUUACUGCUCAAGGAAGCGAAGGAUAUGCACUUUAGCGAGGAGGAAGAGUUUCUACUGAUCUUUCUGCGGCCGUGUCACUUUUAUGCAGAAAGUGCACUUAAAAUGAUGCGUCGUAUAGCGGAGUUUAAGAAGACGAACCAUCCACUACUGCACGCACUGAAACCGGAAGAGGAAAAGCUUGCCUUUAUCGAUCACAACGUGGUGAAUGUGUUGACCAACCGCGAUCAGAAGGGUCGCCGUGUGUUGCUAGUGAACUGUGGUGCGGCCUGGGACCCGAAAGCGGUCAGUUCGGAGCAACUGUUCCGUGUGUUCUUCCUGAUACAUCUGGUUGCGCAGCUAGAGCCGGCCACCCAAAUCAAUGGGAUAGUGGUGGUGCUCGACUUUGACGGGCUGUCGCUCAAACAGGUCAAAGCGCUUUCGCCCUCGUUCUCAAGGCGGCUGAUUACGUUCAUACAGGACGCGAUGCCGCUACGGCUGAAGGAGGUGCACAUUCUCAAGCAGCCGUACAUCUUCAACAUGGUGUGGGCACUGUUCAAACCAUUCAUCCGCGAGAAGCUGAAGAGUCGCAUCUUCUUCCACGGUAUGGAUAUGCGCAAGCUGCACAAGCACAUCGAUCCCAGCGAUCUGCCGGCGAACUACGGUGGCGAUCGACCGCCGAUCAACUACGGUGGCAAGGAAUGGUAUCCUUGUGUGUACAACUACAUCGAUCACAUAAACCAGUGGAACACGUUCGGGUUUGUACCGAACAUUCAGUGA